UCUGUACUUGAAAUUUGCCGGACUUCUGGACUCAACACUGGUAUAUCAUAUAUCUGUAUAUGGAUGAAUUGUUUAUUUAUAUUAUAUUAGUUGCGAAAUAUUUGGAGAUAAAUUAUUUUGGAUAAUUCAAAAUACUCAAAUUGAAUUUCGAAUGAAUUUCAUAUGUAUGUGUAGAAAAAGGUGUUUUCUCAGCCGGGUUCAGUUUUGAUGCACUUUGUGGUGUUGUGUUAGGAUACGUUAAUGCUGUCAAGUGCACAGUCCUGUCGUAUGUUAAAGAAACCUCACUAUCUAUCUAAGCAUUGGUAUGGAGGGCGACAGUGGGUCGAACGUUAAGGAUAUAACUUCUAAUGAACAGAAAAACACAGAAGGAGAAAUUAACACUGAACUUUUUCAUGAAGAGGUUUCAAAGAACAAGAAACCAUGGUGGAAAACACAUUUCUUUGUUCAAGAUCCAGUUUUAUUUGGAACGUGGGAUGGAGUGUUCACAUCUUGUCUUAUAAACAUAUUUGGAGUCGUCUUAUUUUUGAGAACUGGAUGGAUGGUGGGAAAUGUUGGAGUUGGUUUAGCUGUCUUGAUAGUAUUCAUGACAGUUACGGUUGCUCUACUCGCUUCACUUGCUGCUAUCGGAAUUUGUGAAAGAUUGAAAGAUGUUCACAGUGGUGGAGUUUAUUUUGUUGUUUCUCAUGUACUUGGUGGUAAAAUUGGAGGAACUGUUGGUGUCAUGUAUGCCUUUGGACUGUGCAUAGUAUCUGCACUGUAUUGCACUGGAUUUGCAGAAUCUGUUACUUCUACAUUUGACUGGAAUAACGAAUGGGCUGUGAGAGGAGUUGCUGUUUUGACACUUUUAUUACUUCUUGCAAUUAAUCUAGCAGGUGUAAAGUGGGUUAUUCGUCUUCAAUUAGUAUUGCUUUUCGUUCUCAUUGUAUCCACUUUUGAUUUCAUACUUGGGACUAUGAUACAUACUGAGCCAGAUGCUGGCUUUGUUGGGUUCUCAAGCGAAGUACUUCAUAACAAUACUUAUCCGUCUUAUCAAGAAAAUGAAAACUUUUUUACUGUCUUCGGAGUUUUCUUUCCAACGGCCACUGGAGUAAUGGCAGGUGUGAAUAUGUCUGGUGAUUUGAAGAAACCUGCUUCAAGUAUUCCUGUUGGGACAUUGUCUGCAAUUAUGCUUAGCUUCAUUCUCUACCUCUUGUUUGUGUUGCUUCUUGGUUCAACUUGCCUUAGAUGGGCUCUUCAAGAAGAUUUUAUGAUUGCUGAAAAGGUUUCAGCUGUAUCUGUACUGUGGCUUGCUGGACUUUAUAUGUCAAGUACUUCUUCUUGCAGUACAGGUCUCUAUGGAGCUCCUCGUGUACUACAGUCUAUUGCAAAUCAAAAUGUUGUACCUGUUAUCAAGAUUCUUGGAAAGGGAUUUGGAGCAAAUAAAACUCCAGUUCUUGGAAUCAUUGCUGUUGGUUUCUGUUCACUUUUGUUCAUAUUGAUUGGAAAUUUGAAUGCAAUAUCACCAGUAAUAACAUGUAAUUUCAUGUUGGUAUAUGCGGUUGUGGAUUAUUCUUAUUUUGCACUAGCUAUGACAUACGACAUGAGGAUGAAAAACUUGGGAAAAUAUAAGGUUAAAUAUGCUCCAAAAGACCAUGAUAAAGUUACUUUGGAGAAAGCCUCGUAUGGAAGUUUUCAGCAUGAAGCACCUACUGGAACUAUGUUACAAUUCAGUCAAGACUUAGAUAAAAUAUUUCAAAACUACGAAUCUAGAUCUUCUACUAAUGACAAUCAAACAACAGAACAGAAAAAACAAUCCAAUACGCCUGUACAAGGUCGACAGCAUUUACGUGAUACAUUUCUUCUUGAUGAACACAUGGAAGCCAGUUAUAAUAUUAAUCAGAAUUCGAACACUAAUGAAACUGAGGUAGCAUCUGAUGCAUUACUUGAACCUACACUUCAAAGUGAAAACCAAAUCUCCAAAUAUGAUGACAUUCAGGAACAUCAAGUUGCACAGAAGCAUGAUGAAAUUGUUGGUGCAGACAUCGAUGUUAACACAAUGAAUGCUGAUACAGAUAACUUAAUCAAACUUGAGAAAAACAAAAAGAAAAGGAAGAAAAACAAAGAUAACAAAGAUCCGAAACCUAAAGAGGAAGAUAUUGAAGCACCAGUCAAUACAGAGAGAGAAGAAAUACUCCAACAACCUCGGUCAUGGUAUGGAGUUCUCUGCAAUCGAUGGUCAUCGCUUUUUGGGGUUGUUCUCAGUCUAGUUGUGAUGUUUCUUAUUCAAUGGCUAUAUGCACUUAUGAAUAUACUGGCAUUUGCACUUGUAUAUAUCUAUAUAUCACAAGCAUGUCCCGGAGUUAACCCAGGUGUAACUAAUGAAUUUAGUCUUGAGGAAUGGAUAAAGCAAUCUGUGAAGUCUUGCUGCAGAUCUACACCUGAACCCCCAGAACAGAUUUUAUUAGCUCCUAUGACAAUUGCACCUGUUGUAGUCGUAUCUGAGCAAUUGACAUCUGACAAUGAAGAUUUUGCUGAUAGGAGGAGGUUCCAUCAAGCUUCGACAGAGGAAUGCAACUAUGCUAAUAUUAUGCCAAUCAUGUCCUCACCUGAUGAGAGCAAAUAAAGUUCUGCCAGGGAGUUAUUGAGUACAUCGCGGAUGGUGAAUAACCAGCUAAGAAAACAUUUUUACCAAUAUAGAAAUUUGCACUAUUGCCCUUUAUCAAUAUAGAUUGAAUUUUGUGAUAUUGUAAGUUGAAUUCCAUUUUGAAUGGUUUUCUAUUCUCUGCACUCUUGCAGUUAUCAUAUAUCCAAUAUAGUCUAUUUUUAGUCUUGCUUUCCAUAUGGCAAUUGCUCACAAGGACUAUUUUUUAAGUGGAAAUUUCAGAACUUUAUGAGGAAUUAAAAUCUUUAUAUUAUACAAAUUAAAUACUUGAAUGUGUAAACUGUGUCACAUAAGUCUAGGUACAAUAACCAUAUUAGAUCACAGUAAAAUUUUUCUGGUAUUUAAAGCAUAGAAGUUUCAAAAAGACUAAAUGUGUUAUUAAAACUUAACUAUAGGUAUGUUGGUGCAUUUCGAGAAAGCAUUGCAUAUUUUGCAAUCAUUAAAUGCAUUGCAUAUCAUCAAAGUUUAAUUAAAACUAAUAUUUAUUUUAAUGGUUUUUAUAUCAUAUGCAGCCUCUUUGAUAGUUUUUAUUUCUCUUUUGGAUUUAAAUUGGUCAUCAAUUUUGUUAGAAAUUUGUGUAAAUUUGCCAUAGCACCAGUAAUUAACUCAUCUUGUUGCCAAUAAAUAAGCCUGACUUAUACUUAGUACACUCUACCGUACCUGGCAUGGACAGGUAACCUGAUAAAGUUGAAAUAUUACAUUCCUGUCAUUAUAAUCCUUGUCUUCUAAAUUUGAGAUUUGAUUAUACCAAUUUUUUUUGUUCUUCAAUUUUGUAAAAGAGCUAUAUUGAAUGUUCCGAUAUAGUUUUUAAAACUUUCUUGUUCCUGAGAUUCAACAUUUUUAACAACAUUUUACAGCAGUCUUGAUGUAUAGAAAUGUAGUUUUGUUUAAUAAUUUUUCUAGCACUUGACAUUCUCAGUUUUUUUGACUCUCUGUAUGUUCAGUUAAAAGCUCGACACCAACCAAACCAGCCGAAAUCCUGUAGAAUAUCAUUUGUACCGGGCAAGAAAUAUACCGGCAUAACUGAUACUCUCCAAUGAAAUAAGGAGAGUGUACCUGAGUUAUUAGUUAUUUCUCAGUCUUAUAAUUUGCUUGUGCCUUGUUUUAGAAAUGGCCCAAAAAGAUUUGAAAUAUUAAAUGUUUUAGUAAUCACAUCACACUUGUCACUUAUACAUAGUUUUUGUGCCAAACUGUUUCGAUUUCCACUGUAUCUUGUGUACGAUUUCUAGCACUGUAGUAUGUAUAUACUUAUAUUUAUUAUAGUUUUGCCAAAUCAUGUAGUUGCAUUAUUAUAAACAUAAUAGUACGUUUUUUCUAAAUAUUAAUAUAGUGAAAUAGUACAUAUUGGAGUAUGUAGCACAAAUGUAUGUGUCUGUUUUAUAUUUUUUCUUCAAAUUUACUUCACUAGGAAAAUUAGGGCUCAUUGUUUUAGUCUGAAUUUUGUGGAAUUAAAAAAAAAGUACAUCACCAUGAAUUUUCUCUGACAUUAUUAUAUACUAUUACAUAUAUAUUGUUUGGGCCAGAUAUUCCAAAGAAAAUAUGGCUACUGAUAGGUGUCAUAUUCUACCUAAAUGGUGUCUAUUGAAGUCGAUGAAUAACAGAAUAUGGUGUUUUUUUAAGAUAGGAAUCGCCCGAUAUUUCCAAUUCUAUAUAUAUGAAGGUGGUUAUGAAUUGUGUUUUUCAUUAACCUUCUUUUUCAGUGUAUUCCACUCCUGUGUACUAAUGUUAGUGAAUUUGCAUUUUCAAUAGAAACAUUUGUAAUGAUUUUUUUUCAAUUCAAGUCUGAACAGAUGAUAGAUUUAUCAUCUGUCCAUGUUUGACUGAAGUUUUCCAAUUUUUACUACAGCUGUUGCAGUUGUGGGCAAGGUGCAAUUUACUAGCCUUCCAAUUUUUAUGUAAGUAAUUUUUUUCUAUAUAUUUAUUAGCCAGGAUUGGGGAUGUGCAAAAUUGCUUCUAUAUAUUUUGGAAUUAUGGGAUUGUGCAAAAGCCUGAAUGUUAUGAAAUGCAUGCGGCAGCAAUAAUAAUUGUCGGUUUUUCUGUAGUAAAAAAUUCAGUUUUCAGAAUUGAUCUAGAAUUUGGUCGGAAUAAAAUGGACCAGAUUUUACAAUAAUUUCAAGUUGAUUCUAUUUAUUCCAGAUAAUCAUAUAAAACAUUGUAAAACAAUAUCACACUUUUUGUCAUGAAUUUGGAACCUAAACCUGGUUUAAAACUACUGUAGUUUGUGAAUUUGCUGCCAUGGUGUAUUUGCACAUAACAGAAAUGUUACUCAUUUAUUAUUUUUAUUUAAUAUUAGAACGUAGGACUCUCUGUCAACAUAUUAAUGUUAUUCAAAACUAUUAGUAAAGUUUAACAAAAGUACUGUA